UCCCAAACGGCAGGAUAUCCCAUUAUAAACUCCCUAUACACACAGAGAAAUAGAGAGAGAAAAAGGAAAAAAAAAUGGACGGAGAGAAUUCUCAUUAUCACUACAGAGAAUGCCUACGGAACCAUGCAGCGAAUCUCGGCAGUUACGCCACCGACGGCUGCGGCGAAUUCACUCUCGACGACACCUCUUCUCCGGCCAACCAACUUUACUGCGCCGCCUGCAACUGCCACCGCAACUUCCACCGCAAAGUCACGUAUAUCGGCGGCAGCGGACGUUUUUCCUCCGCCGCCCCCACCGCCGACAACCUCAUGGACUACGACCGUCACGCCAUCGUCGAGUACGCCGCCACCGACACCGGCGGCAGCAAAAAACGGUUCCGAACAAAGUUCACGACGGAUCAGAAGGAAAAAAUGCUGGCAUUUGCAGAGAGAUUGGGUUGGAAGUUGCAGAGGAAAGAUCUGGACGAGGAGAUCGAGAGGUUCUGUCGGAGCGUGGGGAUCACUCGCCAAGUUUUCAAGGUUUGGAUGCACAAUCACAAGAAUUCCUUCUCUUCAAAUUCUGCUUCCACUGGAAAUGUCUCUUCUGUAACAAACCAAGAUUAAUUAAUUUAAUAAUAAAAUUAAUCUUUGUUAAUGUGA